CUAAGGGCAAGGGGCGGGGCGCGCGCGUCGGGAAGAUGGCGCUACGUCUGCUGCGGAGGGCGGCGCGCGGAGCGGCUGCGGCGGCGCUGCUGAGGCUGAGAGCGUCUCUAGCAUCUGAUGUCCCCAGGUUUGGAUAUAGUUCCUCAUCCGGUCACAAGUACGUUCCCCGGAGGGCAGUGCUUUAUGUACCUGGAAAUGAUGAAAAGAAAAUAAAGAAGAUUCCAUCCCUGAAUGUAGAUUGUGCAGUGCUCGACUGUGAGGAUGGUGUGGCUGCAAACAAAAAGAAUGAAGCUCGACUGAGAAUUGUAAAAACUCUUGAGGACUUGGAUCUGGGCUCUACUGAAAAAUGUGUGAGAGUCAACUCAGUUUCCAGCGGUCUAGCGGAAGAAGACCUAGAGACCCUUCUGCAAUCCCGGGUCCUUCCUUCCAGCCUGAUGCUACCAAAGGUGGAAAGUCCUGAAGAAAUCCCAUGGUUUGCAGACAAAUUUUCAUUCCACUUAAAAGGCCGAAAACUUGAACAACCAAUGAAUUUAAUCCCUUUUGUGGAAACUGCAAUGGGUUUGCUCAAUUUUAAGGCAGUGUGUGAAGAAACCCUCAAGAUCGGGCCUCAAGUGGGUCUCUUUCUAGAUGCAGUCGUUUUUGGAGGAGAAGACUUUCGAGCCAGCAUAGGUGCAACAAGUAGCAAAGAAACCCUGGACAUUCUCUACGCCCGGCAAAAGAUUGUUGUCGUAGCGAAAGCCUUUGGUCUCCAGGCCAUAGAUCUGGUGUACAUUGACUUUCGAGAUGGAGAUGGGCUUCUUAGACAGUCGCGAGAAGGAGCCGCGAUGGGCUUCACUGGUAAGCAGGUGAUUCACCCUAACCAAAUUGCUGUGGUCCAGGAGCAGUUUUCUCCUUCCCCUGAAAAAAUUAAGUGGGCUGAAGAACUGAUUGCUGCCUUUAAAGAACAUCAACAAUUAGGAAAGGGAGCCUUUACUUUCCAAGGGAGUAUGAUCGACAUGCCGUUACUGAAGCAGGCCCAGAACAUUGUUACGCUUGCCACCUCCAUCAAGGAAAAAUGAUCUGUUCAAUGAAGCUCUCAUCAGGCUAAAGGGUAUUGAAGCUGCAGAGGGAUCAACUCGUGCUUGCCAGAGGACGCCAAUGAAGUUUGAAACACCAACAAUCAGAGAUUUUGUUUCUGUUCCUCAUUAAAUCAUGAGCUUUUGUGCCGAGACUCUGGACGACUGUUCCUUAAGAAAUUAACAGAAUGGGAAGUUUAAAACUCUACACCAACCUUUUCAUGACCUACACAGCAGCAACGCUGCUACUCUUAGACAAACACCGCGGGGAAGGCUGUUCUGUUUAUUUAAAUUUGUAAAUAGAAAACAGUUGUUUUUUUACUUUCAUUUUUCACCUCCUCCUACGCCCUGUUGGAUUAUUUCCUCCGAGGCCCCUAGCGUGUGCCCCAGCCAGGGCUCUCCUCUUCCCCACUUCCUGCAGUUCCUACAGGAAGCCCGAGAGGUGAGUGGAGCUCAGGUUAGACACCAGGAGAGGCACCAUCCAACAAAAGCACGGCCGCAGAAUCCCACCGCCACCAGGUGACCCCCCCGCCCACCCCAGUGCACAGCAGACAGGGACAGACAAGUCAUGCAGGCAGCCAGCACUGCACCAGGCAAGACGGCUCUGGGGAUGCCCAUUCUGGAGACACCAACUCAUGUUCCCAAACACGGGAUCCAGGAGAUAGAUAGCUCUUAAAUGGAGACGGCACACGCUCCUUGGGGGCCCUCAUAGAGUGGCACCCUCCACCCUGCUCGCCCUGUGCUGCCCUAGAGUGGCCGGAAGGGAAGAUGGAAGCUAGCCCCAUCCUCACUCAGAGGCCGGAAGGAGGAAGAUGGCAUCCUGCCAACUUCAGAGCCAAACAGCCUCCAGUCACACUGCUUCCAGAGCCCGGACGAGGCAGCAGCAGCAGUUCCUGAGGAACCCCCCCCAGCAUCCAUGGUUGCAGCUGCGUCCCACCCAGGAUGGGAAUCCUGGAGUCAGAUGCGCACCGGGUAACCCAGGAUCGUGCUGCGAAUGCCCAGUCUGCCCCUCUACCCAGAACACAGAGGGAUGGGACGAUGGCUUGGUGGUGGGAAGGCAAAGGAAGGCCUCCUCUCCCCCUGACCCUGCCAUACACCCUCGCUCAAGAUGUUAGAAGCGGCGGAGGCAGGGCUGGCCCUAAGCAAAAGAAGAAAAGAAAGCCUGCCUCAGCCUUUCCUAUGGUCAGCCCUCAUUCCAGUCUAACUACCCUUCCCAUCCUCCAGGAUGAUUCAGAGAAGCCCAUGGCUAGAGGGGAUGACAGGCCUGAAUUCCAGUCUCCACCCCGGCCCCACAAGCAGCCAGCCCGCCCCACGCAGAGGGGCCUCUUCAAGGCCUCACUGACAGCCUCCCCUCCCUACCCAGAGAGCCCUACAGGCCUGGGGAAAAGCAGGCCCCUCCGCCAGGUCCCUAGCUGGUGCCGAGGCCAGACCAGCUAGGCCUCCCACUGCUGGUCACUCCCAGGCCACGGGUGUCUACGUCCCAACCACAUCGGACUGCUUGCCGCGCCCCUGCCCUCAUCCCAAACUGCUUUGUUUAAACAAAACCACCUUUUUUAGUCUCCCCAGAUAUCCAGUUAUCAUCUUCCUCCUAACCCAGUGGUCCCAAUUAUGGUAGGAUCAUGAGGCUAGGUCUAUGAGAGCCACAAAUCUGAACUGAAGUCCCAUUCCCUGAACAGAGACCCAAAUGAGGAGGGCCCGAAGAGUCCAGUCCUGGUCAGAGACCCAUAGUGCCUUAGUCCUUGAAGGACAAAACUCCAGGAAGAAGAUGCUGGAAGGCAAAGGGUAUUCCCCCUCUUACCCCACCCGAACCUCUGUAGUGCCAUGGGUGGGGCAAGGUACCCUGGGAAGGAUGGGAGAGCAGCCGAGGGCAUGUGAGUCAUCUCCGCUGGGCAUGCCAGGCACCCCGACAUGGGGAAAUGAGGGCUGCCGGACUCCUGAGCCAGGUGUGGGCGACAGGAAGAGGGCUUUGCAGCUAAUCUGAUUAAUUAGAAACCAUACCUGUUUAUAUUUUGUGUCGCUCAUCACAAGCUGCUUAGUCAUAUCACCCCCCUGUUAUUAAUUCUUGGGGUCUAAAUUAUGGGUAACACUAUUAAAACAUUAUCAGAACUAAUGAGAAACAAUUACUUAGAAAAUGAGCCAGGACAAGAUUGAAUUGAGAACAUAAGUGGUGAUCACUGUGGAUUAGUUUAAUAAAUCAUCAGGUGCAA